AUGGAGCGAAAAGAAAACGCUGCGUCUCAUCUCGUGUCGCGACGGAAACCAUGGGACCUUGCCGCACGGUACUCGUCGUGGCCGCGUUUAAUUCGUGUCACCGCCUACAUCAUGAGAUUCAUCUCAAAGCUUAAAAGACACUCGGUGCCGCGCGACACAUGCGACGAAGGCUCCCGGUUAAUUUCCGCGCUCGAAUGUAGAAAAGCACGAGACUUUUGGUUGUCGCAAAUUCAAUCAGAAUUAUUCGCGCGGGAAAAGGAAUCUUUGUUGCAGCAACGUUCGAUUCCAGCGAAGAGUGCAUUGUUGUCUUUAACGCCGUUUCUCGGCGAAGACAAACUAAUCCGCGUUGGCGGGCGGUUGUCGCGUGCCCCCAUGCGGUUCUCCGAAAAACAUCCUAUAAUCUUAGCUGCACAUCCUCUUGUGAACCUCCUCGUGCAGCACGUGCAUUUAAGAUCUCUUCACGCGGGGCCUCAAUUAACUCUAGCCACUCUUCGUCGAGAGUACUGGAUAUUGCGCGCUCGAAAUAUCGUCAAAGGUGUCGUUUUCCGCUGCGUAGUGUGCACGCGUGAAAAGGCAGCUACUCCCACUCAAUUGAUGGGAAACUUGCCUUCGGUGCGCGUUUCUCCUCCUGCGCGCGCGUUUAUUCAUUGUAGUCUCGAUUAUGCUGGUCCCGUCUUAAUCAAAUCAAUGUCGGGACGCGGUGUAGCUUCCCGCAAAGCCUACAUCUCCAUCUUCGUCUGUAUGGCCACGCGAGCCAUACAUUUAGAAUUAGUCGAGAGUUACUCCACUCCAGCCUUCUUAGGCGCCUUUUCAAGAUUCUGCUCCCGACGUGGCCUGCCUGAGUCAGUCUACUCUGAUAAUGGAACCACGUUUGUAGGCGCCGAUCGCGAAUUGGCUGCAUCAUUUCGAGCCGCGCUGCGCGAUCCAAACUUUCAAAAUAGUGCCGCUUCCGACGGGGUGUCAUGGCACUAUAUGCCUCCAUCCGCGCCUCACUUCGGCGGACUAUGGGAGGCCGGGGUUCGCAGUGUCAAGUAUCACCUUCGCAGAAUCGUCGGUUCGCACACUCUUACGUUCGAAGAGUUCACAACGAUUCUCUGCAACAUUGAGGCCUGCCUUAACUCGCGCCCUAUCGCGCCUCUCACCGAUUCCGUCGACGAUUGCGAUUCUCUGACGCCCGGUCAUUUCUUGAUCGGGUCCGCGAUUACGAUCGCGCCUGAACCCUCUGUACUGCAUCUAGCUGAGAACUGCUUGACGCGCUGGCAACUUGUUCGCCAGCUCACAGAACGCUUCUGGAAAAACUGGCAGCAGGACUACGUCAAUACCUUGCAACAGCGCGUCAAAUGGAAGCAAGUUUCGAAAAACGGAAUUCGCGUCGGGUCGCUGGUCCUGUUAUGCAAUUCUCUCCUUCCGCCUUGUAAAUGGGACUUAGGUCGCGUCAUCCGAUGUCACCCGGGUCCAGACGGUUUGAUUCGCGUCGCGACGGUGAAAACCGCGACUUCCGAAUAUACUCGGCCUAUUGUCAAAUUAUACUUAUUUCCGAUAGAUGUCGAAAGCCUGGACAACCUUACGUAA